UAAUGGAGCAACUCAAAAAAUAAAUCCAAGAGCAAGCUGAAGAAUAAGAUAUAGUUGAGGAUUUAAAUAUCGAAGGAGUGAAAAUCACAAAAUUCACUGAGGAAAUGGCUGCUCUCUUUACUUAACAUCAAUAGCUUCUAGGUUUGGCAUUUGAGAAAUGCGGAUUAACAACACUUGAAGGAUUUCCUAAAUUAAAGAAAUUAUAAAAUUUGGAGUUUCCAAAUAAUUCUUUAACAGGGACAGCAAUUAAAUUUAUAGCAGAUAAUUUCAAAGAAUUGAACAACUUGAAUUUAUCAUAAAAUAAUAUUAAGUCAGUUGAUGUAAUCAUGAAGAAUAACAUGAUAGGAUUUGAAGCCCUUAGCCACUCUAACCAAAUUAGAAUCAUUAGAAUUGAUAGAUAACCCUUUGACCAAAGAAGCAGGAUAUCAUAAAAAGGUGUUCCAACUUAUCCCAUCCCUUAAAGUUUUAGACAAUAAAAAUGAAAAGGGUGAAGAGGUUCUCGAUGUAUUAAAUUAUUUAAUGAUUAGGAUGAAGGUGAUGAAGAUAUUGAUGAUGAUGAAUUUGAUGAAGAUGAUUCAUAUGAUGAAAGUGAAGAUGAUGAAGAAUCAGAGGAGCCAGUUAAGCCAAUCAAAAAAACAAAAAAAUGAC